CGUGGCACAUUUUAGUUAGAAACCCAGCAAAAAUAUCCACGUGUCAGUACCUGUAAAAAAGCGCGCGCCACGCAUUCAACUGCUAAUUCUCGUCUUCUCCUACUCUCUUCGUUCCGCUUCACCGUUCAAUUUCUUACUCUCACGACUCUGUUUUUGUCUUAAUCGCAUUCUUUGGUUUUACUAGAUUACAAAAUCCCCAACAAUGGCGGCCAUGAAGCAGGCGGAGGAAGAUGACCUGAUCAGCCAGUCGGACUAUCAAAAUCUAUUUUCAAUAUCCAUCAAGCUCCAGAAUCUACCUCACUUAACCGACUACAUCCCUAACCUCAAAACCCUACCAAACCCUCUCGAUCAAAACCCCUUCUUCCGCCCCUCUGAAGGUUUCUACAUCCAUCCGGGUGACGCCAUCCUCCGUCAGAUCGUCCUCGAGCUACCUGGAACCUUGCCCGCUCCUUCGCCUCACCUCGCCUACCACCGAGCUGGCCCCCGCCGAAGCAUAUUCUUCGAGCCGUCGUCUGUCAAGGCCGCUAUCGUCACCUGCGGAGGACUCUGCCCCGGCCUCAACACCGUCAUCAGGGAGCUCGUCAAUGGCCUUUGGGAGCUCUACGGCGUGCGCCAGAUCUUCGGAGUCACCGCCGGGUACCGGGGAUUUUACUCGACGGACCCUGUUGAGCUUAAUCCAAAGAUCGUGCAUAACUGGCAUAAGAGGGGCGGUACGGCUCUUGAAACCUCCAGAGGUGGUUUUGAUCUUGAUAAAAUUGUUAAUGCUAUACAAAAUCGGGGCUUCAAUCAGGUGUAUAUCAUAGGUGGAGAUGGCACUUUGCGUGGUGCAGUGAAAAUAUUCAAUGAGAUUCGCCGCCGCAAAUUGAAUGUUGCCGUUACUGGAAUCCCCAAAACCGUGGACAAUGAUGUAGGCAUAAUUGACAGGUCUUUCGGUUUCCAGACAGCUGUAGAAAUGGCUCAGCAAGCUAUUAGUGCUGCUAAUGUGGAAGCAGAGAGUGCAGUCAAUGGAAUAGGUCUGGUAAAGCUAAUGGGUCGAAGCACCGGACACAUUGCUCUUCAUGCAACACUAAGCAGUGGGGAUGUUGAUUGCUGCUUAAUUCCUGAAAUGGAUUUCUACUUAGAUGGGAAAGGAGGUCUCUUUGAGUUCCUUGAGCAGAGACUCAGAGAAAAUGGACAUGCAGUACUAGUAGUAGCUGAAGGGGCAGGACAAGAACUGAUACCAAGAACUGAUGCCCAGAAGGAAGAGAGAGAUGAGUCCGGCAACCUUGUCUUUCUCGACGUGGGUGUCUGGUUGAAGUCAGAGCUAAAAAAUUGGUGGACAAGGGACCAUCCGGGUGAAUUGUUUACAGUGAAGUACAUAGAUCCCACAUACAUGAUACGUGCAGUUCCCGCCAAUGCCACAGAUAACUCCUACUGCACACUGCUAGCACAUUCAGCCAUUCAUGGAGUUAUGGCUGGCUAUACAGGAUUUGUGCCUGGUCCCAUCAAUCGUAACUUUGCUUAUAUCCAUUUGGAAGAGGUGGCGCAGACUAAGAAUGAAGUCGACACAAAGGACCAUAAAUGGGCAUGGGUCAGAUCUGUAUCUACUCAGCCUGAUUUUGUGAGGAGGUAAAUUUUUAAUCAUCUCCUGUGUCCAUAAGAAGAGUUUAUCCUCUCAGGUUUUGGUCUUUUUAAGCUCUACCUAUAUCACGAAUAAGUUAACACACUUAUUUACAUAUCAAUAGAUAACAAUGAUGAUGUACCAGAAUUAGAAAACCGAAGAUGGGGACAGAUCUAAUCUGUAAAACUGAAUUACGUUGAAAGGAAAUAUUCAAUUUCCAAAGACCUGUUAUUCUUUUUCUGUGAAAUUUACAGUUGAUCUGUAGCCAUGUUUUUGGUCGGUGUUUUGAUAUUGUUUUUCUUUUGCUUCUUUUA